CGCAAAACAAGCAGCGCUGAGCGUAAAACGCCGUCCGCGCGGCCGCGAGGCAGCCAUCGGUGGCGGAACGAGGCGUUGUCAAGUGCUCACGGAGCAGCGCGAGCUGCCCGCCGCGGAAGAACCGGCGCCAAGGCCUUUGUGAGGCAGCCCAUAGCAUAGAGUAGCCCGGAGCAGCCCGAGCGUAGAGCGAGCUGCCCAGCAUGGAGGACACGGCACCCGACGCGCUGCCGGUGGAGACCGAGGGAGUUGCGGCGGCCCCGGGCCCGGCGCCCGGCGCGGCCGCGGCCCCGGCCCCCGCUGCGAUGUUCCAGACCUUCGUGCCGAGCCCCACUAGGAAGAAGUCCGUGACCGUAAGACGCCAAAAUGAGAAGUACCGGCCCAAGAAGACGGUGCUCGUCGCCCGAAAACCGAGAGAGGACGACCUGCUGGACCGCAAUCGCAUGAGCAACGUGGCCUCGCCGGCACGACUCAAGGGUCUGAGACGCCUACCAAGGAACGCGGGCGUCAUCGAGCGAAGUGUGCUCGGCGAGGCCGACAAGUUCGUCGAGCACGAGGUCUACUGCAAGUACGGCGACGACGGAAAACCCGACACGCCGGCGUCCUCGCGCGCGCGGACGCCGUCCGACGUUUUUCCUGUGGAGGCCUUUUCGGCGGGGGAUUUGACGACCGACGAGUCUUAUGUGGAUGCGCUCAAAGCGAAGGCGGCCGAGGUCGAAAUCAUUCAAUUCCAGGAAACGGCUGCCCGGGACGACUCGACCUUCAUCCCCGACGCCGAGGACACCUUUGGAGGUGCGAGGGAAGCGAGAGCUCUCAAGCGGUGGAAGGAGCAGCAAAAGGACUGGCGGCGACUCACCGCAACUUUUGCCAAAAAACAGGGCAAACCUGCGGACGAAGUGCUCAUGAUGAAGUCCUGCGAAGAUUAUCGGGAGCAGUCCGAGAACUUCCAGAUCAUCCAGGCCUCCAUUCCGCAAGAGGAAAGCGCGGGCGAGUCGUACUGGGAGAUGAACCUGCGGGGCGAAGGGCAGCGCAUGGUGCGCGUCGGGAAUUUAUUUUCGGGCUUGUAUUGUCCUCUGAAGAAGGGCGAGAAAGCCCCUCAACAGAUCAGGAGGCCGAAAUUACCUGGUUCGGCCGCGGGCUUGACAACACGCUCUUUGGGAGAAAAGAAGGACUGGCGGUCGGACCCCUACAUGCUGAAGCGCAAGAAGCAGUGGGAGAAGGGCCUGAAGACGCUGCAGCCCCACUUGGUUGGCUCCGGUGACGACGCGACGGAAUUGGCGGUCGUCGGUACGGACCUAUUCCGGUGGGCCGCGGACGCUUCCGAGGACGUCCUCAAUGCCAGAAAUGUCGUCAGCGAGCCCCCUACGAUAGUAGAGGAAGAGCCAGAAGUGGUAGAACCAGUGGUCAAGCCUUUGCCAAGACUCGAGGUCGUCGGGAAUGCUUUGCUGCACUUGGAAGCAACCCAUUCAGGCAAAGCCGGCAAGAAUUCGGUGACGCUGAAAAAUACGAGUGACAAGGUCAUGUUCUUCGAGUGGCGGCUCAACUCGAAAGGUCCGGACCGGGCCCCGGACGACGAGCUCUGGGUCGAGCGCGGUCCCAAGUACAAGGACGGCACGCCCAUGGACGACAAGGUCUUUGCGACGAACAAAGACUGCUUCUUUCAGUGCAUGACUCCAAGUGGUUCCAUAUUACCUGGUUGUUCUACUAUUUGUCGCUUCGCGUUCAAGUCGCGGGUGCCGGGCUGUUUUGUCGAAGAGUGGCAGCUCAAGGUGCGUCCUAAAGCGGAGAUUACGGGUCUCAUAAAACUCAGUAACGCGAAGAAGGGCAAGAAGUGCAAGAAGCGCCAGGGCAUCUCCCUACAAGGCUACCAGCAGCCGCCCGAGGACAAGCCGCACAUGCGCGACCAUGUUGAUGCGAUUCUUGAGAAGCACGUCGGGCCGGAUAUUUGCAGAGAGAUUUUGUAUGAGGUGUUGUGGGAUAUUGAUCUGUCUCCCGCCGGUGCCGAGAGGGCGCGGAACGCGUCUCACAAGGCAAAGCUCGAGGCGCGGAACGCUUGUCGAGGCCUCGUGUUCACGCCUGAUCGGUGGGCCGCCUUCGAGGAAUUGAGAAAGGACGCGCGCGUCGCCAAGAAGGAGAUCGAGGCGCCGGAGGAAGAGAUAACCGAAGAAGAGGCCUGCGCGCCGGCGCCGGCGCCCGGGCCGGCCCCCGCGGUAGAAGAGGCCGCGCCGCUUCCAGCACGUCGACUCGAGCCGCGCGAGGUCGACGUGUUCGGACACAAAGCCGACCAGGACGUAGUAGCUCCGCCGCCGCCCGUCCCGGAGGACUGGGACCCCGAGGCCCUGGGCCUGCCCGACUGGAUGCCGCCGGUCCCGCCCAUCGACCCGACGUGGGGUUUGGGUGCCGCGCGCGAGAAGUACCGGAAGCGCAAAGAAGCGGCAAAGCCGGAUCCGGAUGAGUGGGACGGUGAUAUAGACGCCAUCGAGGCGCUGAUCGCGUCGAUUUCCAUUCCCGAGGCCCCCGAGGACGAGGCGCUCACUGUUGCUACGAGAGAGAAGGGUUCCGACGACGAUGAAGAGGAGGACGAGGAAGAAGAGGAAGAAGAGGAGGAGGACGAGGAGGACGACACUCUGGCCACGGGCGCGCCGCCUCGAAAGCCGGCGCCGCCCGCCGACCCGCGCGAACGGCGCAUCCUCUCAUUGAAAAUGAGGUUCACGUCGUUGUUGGCGUCCUGCUCCACCACGGCCGACGAGGACUGCGCUAUCGACGCCCUGAAGCCGCACCUCGAUGGAGUAAUCGAGAAGGCCGCCUUCGCGCUCACGACCUGCGAGGCCGUCGCGGCUCUGGAGGAUACGAAGCCGCCCGCGGCGCUCGGCGAGGACCCGGACGCGCUGAAUGGUGCGUUGGAGGCAUCGAUAGCCGCGUCGGACGCCGUCGCGGCGCUCCCGCCGCCCAAGGUCUGGGACUCGGCCCAGAUGAAGUAUGUGGACGGACCCAAGGUCGUCCAGGAUUUAGCAAGAGAGGAGGGCCUCGAGGACUUCGGCGCCGCGUGCGUGACUGGAGAGGGCCAGGACGCGUAUCGCGCGGCGGCCUGCGCGUCGGUCAAGCGGUUGCUGGCUGAUAUGAUAGGGCCGCCCUCUCCAGAUGAAGAGGACGCCCCGGACGACGCGACGGCGGCCACCUUCCCGGCGCCGCCCGCGCGGCGGCCGAACGCGGUCCACGACGCCAUCGCCCAGCGGGCCGAGGACAUCGCCUCCAUCCAGGCGGCGCGGCCGGAGGACGUCGAUGGGAAGGUCGUGCUCCUCCAGGCCGACCUCGACGUUUCUGUGGAUGAAGAUAUAGACGAGGACGACCUCCCGGAGGCCUUCCAGCGCGUCGCGAAAACGCUCGAGACGCUCACGGCGGCCAAGGCUGUAUUGAUAGUGACGGAGCUCGCCGAGGGGUCGACGAAAUCCUUGGUGGAGCCGCUCAUCCACGCGGCCGGCCCCGACUGGGCGCCGCGCUUCGUCGGAGAUAUUGCACGAGCCAAAGCCAUCCUGGAGAAAAUGACUGAUGAGGACGAGGACGACGCGACGCCUUUGUUCAUCCUGGAAGCGCGGAACUCCGGGCCGGCGCUGUGCACGGUCAUCGAUCGCGAGAUCGUCGUCGACGAGGACGCGCCGGCGCUCCCCUACUGGGCCGACGCCGACGACGCCGAGGCCGCUGAAGCAUGUGAAAACGCCUUCCGGGAGAACGACGCGGGCUAUCGUUUAACAGAGCUCGCCGAUAUCUUAGUGCAGGACUCGCUGAACGCCUUCAUGCCAACAUACAACGUCGAACGGAUGCACGACGCGGACGCGCGUUCAUUACAACUUUGCACGCUGCCGCGGAGUCUAGGAUUGAACGCCCAUUUAGAUACGGCGACCGUCUCCAGGUUACUCAGUGGGCCGCGGCCCAUCGUCGCGGUCGUCGGCGACGACCGCGUCCAGGGGUGCGGCUUCCUGCGGCAGGCCCGUUUAGUGGAUUUCCUGCUCGACCACGCCGACGAGGUGCUGCUUUCAGGAUUAUGCGCGCGGGAGUGCCUCGCGGCAUUGAAUGUGGAUGUCGGCCGCGGAGUUGUUGACGAGGCCGUCUUCCCCGUCGCCAGGCGGCUGAUGGCCAAAGCUGUCAGGCGCAAGGUCGCGUUACGCUUACCCUGCGACUUCGCGACCGGUGAUAUCGACGUCGACGAGAAGGGCCAGAUCAAGGUGAGUGAAGACGACGAUGACGAAGAGGACGAGUCCGAGGAGGAGGAAGAGGAGGAGGACGACGACGAGGACGGCGACGCGGGCGGCUUCGAGUAUGACGGCGAUAUUAGUGAUGCUGCUCUAGAGGGCGCGGGCGCCAAGAACGGCGUGCCGCGCGACGUCUUCGCGCUCGACAUCGGCCAGCAGACUAUUGAAUCUUUCCGGGCGUCGCUGAACCGCGCUUCGACCAUCUUCUGGUCCGGCGCCGUCGGCAGCGUCGAGUGCUCGGCCUUCCAGCAGGGUACAAGGGAUGUGGCCGAGGCCUGCGCCGAGGCCGCGGCGGAACGAAAAGCGCUCGUCGUUAUUGCAGGACGGACCGCGACGACCUGGGCGCGGAAUUUCGCGGGCGAUGCUGAUGAUGAUGAAAAUGAGUCGGGCGUCUGCCUCGUCGACGCGGACGGGCGGAACGCCUUCGCUCACAUCUUGUGCGGCGGGCCCUUCGCGCCGUGCCUCGACGCGGUCCCGCGGCGCGAGCCGACGGACGACGAGCGGCUGCUGCCGGCGGAGCUCGCGCAGAAGCAGCGCGAGGCGGCCGAGGCUUCGGAUGCGGAGGAGGACGACGACGAGGAAGGGGACUACUAAGUUUAGAGUGGUAUUUUA